GUGGUGAAGACGAGCAAACAAAGAGUAAGCGAGGCAAAACAACACAAAACAACGCGUCGCGUUCACCUGUUGUGAUCUCAUUCUUCACUGUCACACCCCAAGUCCUCCUGCAAGUACGAUGGCAACGCAUAUUGGUGUCCUUCCCGCAGAUAUACUACAAGCUAUAGCUCUUGGCAGCCCAGAUGGCAGCCUACUCCCUCCGACCCGUUUCGUUCGUCUACUACAUCCAAGAACUGGACUGCCUUGUCUUUUUCUCCCCUACAACCGACCAUCGCAGACAACACAAAUCCUCGAAAUGCAAGGCGUUUCGCCUAUAAACGCUCGUUCGUGGACCUUGGGCGAGGAAAUCAUAUCAGACGGGAAGCUGCUAAUCCUGACGCCCAUCGACCCAGCGUUCUUAUUGAUACCGAUUCUGAAAUUUACGUUGGCUACCGAUGGGACUGCUGGUAACUUUCGUCCCGCUGACGACAUGUUCGAAGACGCGAUAUCCAAACUAUCCGUAAAGUCGAACGAUCUUAUUUCAGUCGCCGAUAUCACGUCUUUUGUGGAGAUGGAUUGUACUAGGACGGCUCUUCGACGUGUCUGUGAAAUGAAAGAAGUGGCCUCCGACAUUAUGGUUUACAGAUUUUCAUCCACCAAGGUUGUAGACUAUGUCCGCAAGAAGGUAGACCACAUGUCAUCUUUCCCGGUGAUUGAGAUGUCUCGAAGCAUCACAAGAAAUUUAGCCAAAGAUGGGCUUUUAGAUGAUGGAAGGGAAAUGUUGCUCGCAGCGGCCAAGACAAAAAUCGCCUGUGAUCUCAUCUGUCAAUAUCUACCGCCUCUCGAGUCUGCGUCUCUGGUUGCAUCCUACGAUUUCACGGACCUUAACGCCUUCAUGAAGCAGCUAGAGGAGGAAAGCUUGGCGACGACGACCAAGUCCGGAAAGGGAACUCAAACCCCGAAAGAAACUAAUGGUGACAAGAAACGCAAAAACGCAAAGGGAUCUCAUGGAGUGGAGAAGCUUAAGAAAGCGAACGUGAAAGGGAUGGCUAAGCUGUCGACUUUUUUCACCAAGAAGGCUGCGGCAUGAUUGCAAUGCAGGAUUUCGAUGCUCCUUAGCGAUUUUGAAUCCGUACUCGGGGCCAUAUUUGUACCGAUAUAUAAUGAUA